AUGUGGCAUUGCGUCUUCUUCCUCUUGUUCGCUCGUCUGUGGACCUUGGUUACGGCUACUCCCUCUUCAAAUACUGGGUUUUCACUCGCAGUGAACCCCAAGCCAGAUGCCUCUCGAAACUUUGUGCGCGAUUGGACUGCUGCCCGCCGCAAAUGGGGCAAGGGAGUGCCCAGAGAUAUUGCAUCUGCGCUUUCUCUGAGUGGCAGCCCCGGCCUUGUUGAUGUUGAACCUAGGGGAAGAGAUGAAUUCUAUGUGGCUGAUGUACAGAUUGGGAGUCCCCCACAAACGUUGGAACUGCUCCUAGAUACUGGAUCUUCAGACUUAUGGAUCCAAUCAACCGAUACCACAUAUAAUGUUAAUACAGGAGGUCCAUGGCCUCUUCGAUAUCAUCCCAACGACUCUACAACAGCCCAUCUCAUCCAAGGCGCCAAAUGGUCGGUUAUAUAUAUGGACGGUACCACAGCUGAUGGCAUUGUUUAUCACGACACAGUUCGGCUGGGUAAUUUCUGGGUUGAGAAUGCCGCUGUUCAGUCUGCAAAAAUGAUCUCUGGCCAACUCGAAGAGGACAUUAGAAUGAGUGGCAUCCUCGGCCUAGCCAAGAGACUGUCUAACAAUAUUGAACCGCCGGCUCCAUCCUUUCUCAGUUUACUACGACAGCAGCUUCAACAUCAGGUCUUUGGUGUUGACUUGAACAGAAACGCCUCUGGAGUCUUUACUUUUGGCUACAUCAAUGAAAGCCGGGCCUUGGGGGAAAUCACAUGGGUUGACACUGACCCUGAUAGCCCCUAUUGGGACAUCGAGUUCAAUCUCACCACCUGGGGAGAGACAACCACGCCGUGGUACUCGCAGAACUUCACAGGAACAAUAGACACCGGUACCACUUUGAUGUUCCUGCCCGACAAUUUGGCCAGUGCGUACUGGUUCGCGAUCCCCGGCAUGAAAGUUGAUGAAAGGCUAUCGAAUGCCUUCACAUUUCCCUGCGAAGUCGCCAAAGAUUUGCCUAAUCUCAUGCUGAGAAUACCUGGCAGCAGCCGUAUUCUGACUAUUCCAGGCCCGUAUCUCAACUAUGGCCCCACCUCGUUUGAUCAAUCUUAUUGCUGGGGAGGCAUGCAAAGUGCCGAGGAUUUGUCGGUGAUAGUUCUAGGUGACAUUAUGCUCAAGGCGCUAUACCUGGCAUUUGACCUUGAUAAAGGACGAGUUGGCUUUGCCAACAAAGUUCUGCAUGACAUCUGA